UUUAGAUCCAUAUUGGCGGAUUAUAUUGAGUAGAUGUGCGCGCGCGUGUUUAGUGUGAUCUAGUGGGCGAGAGGUACAGAGUGCCAGCAACUCAGACUGUGCUGUAUAUCCGUAACUCGAAGCUCCUCCAAAGCUUGCUCGGGGUCAGGAGCGAGAACCAUGAUCCCACUCGGAGAGUGCAUGUACGCGGGCAGAAAACGGAGGAAACCCAUCCAGAAACACAAGUCAACACCGACCAGUGUGAAGUCUAAUCCAUCUAAGAGACACCGAGAUCGUCUGAAUGCUGAGUUAGACCACCUGGCCAGUCUCCUGCCAUUUUCACCUGAUAUUAUUUCCAAACUGGAUAAACUUUCAGUUCUUCGUCUGAGUGUCAGCUACCUUCGAGUAAAGAGCUUCUUCCAAGCCUUGGAAGACACAGAGUUGAGAAAGGAGUCUCAUCAUCUUCUCACCCACAACACGAGGGAUAAUCAGCCCAUGGCUCUGAUUAGGAAUUCAUCAAUGGAAGGAGAGCUUCUGCUGGAAGCUCUGGAUGGAUUUGUGCUGUUGGUGAGUGCUGACGGAAUGGUAUUUUACGUGUCUCCCACAAUCAUCGACUACCUGGGAUUUCAUCAGACUGACGUGAUGCACCAGAGCGUGUACGACUUCAUCCACGUCGAUGAUCGACAGGAGUUCCAGAGGCAGCUACACUGGGCCAUGAAUCCACCGCAGCAGGUGUCUGGGCAGGAUCCUCCGGGGCAGGGAGCUAAUAGUGAAGAGUACCUGGGUUCUUUCAAAGCUUACGACCCAAAAGUUCUGCCACCGGAAUUUUCUCCAUUCCUGAACCGUUGUUUUGUCAUCCGAGUGCGUUGCCUACUGGACAGCACUUCAGGAUUCCUGACGAUGCAGUUCCAAGGCAGACUAAAGUACCUCCAGGGACAGAGGAAGAAAGACAGGUCUGGUGCUGCCCUUCCACCACAGUUGGGCUUGUUUUGUAUCGCUGUACCUCUGCUGCUCCCAUCCAUCGGUGAAAUGAAGCUGAAGAGCUUGCUCCUCAAGAACAAACACAGGCUUGAUCUCAGCCCCAUGACACUUGGUGCAAAGGGCAAAGCAAUUGCAGGAUGGUCAGACACAGAGCACCGAACAAUAUCAGGUUGCCAUUACCUCCACUUUACGGAUGCGCUGUGCCGUGCAGAGAACCAAAUCCGAAGGAUGAACACUGGAGAAAAUGGCCUCACGGUCUUCAGAGUGCUCACUAAAGAAGGUCAGUGGGUUUGGUUCCAAGCUAAUGGCCAUCUUCCCCAUAGGAACAAAUCUGCGGAAUAUGCCACAGUGCCUCAAGAGGAACUCAAGGACACAGAGAGAUCCAAGGAAGAGCAUCUGAGGACCCAGUCAAGCACUGACCAAUCAAGCAGCACCAAUGGAUUUGUGUACAGCAACUGCAGUGAUAUAUCUUUGCAAUUAAAACAACUGUAUGACCAGGCCCCAACAAAAGAAGGAAGAGAAGAGAAAUAUGAGCCUGUUAGAAAUGAUGGUGGUGUCAACCUGAACGAGCCCCUCAAUUUUAGCACAUCAUUUCCCAGACCUGCCAAGGUUUCCAUUGCAGACGACUUAUGGGUAUCAGAGUAUAGCAGAGGCCCAUCAAAUCCGCAGCCUCUAAGGCCCGUGGGCAGAACGAAUAAUAAUCCCGCUCGAGUGGCUAAAGGCUUCUGUGGCAGAAGUAGACUGCUAUCUGAGCCUCAGCUCAGGGAUAACACACAGACCUCCAGCUUUCAAAAUAUAGUCCAGAACUUCCGGGCUGCUGGAGAAAAGACGCAGCAGAGCCAACUGUUCAACCUGCACUCUACCAACCUGGAGAGCUACCCAGCUGAAAGCUGCAAAUCAGAAGGUGUUACGGCAAUGUGCAAUCCCAUUAGUCAAAGGUCAAGGGAUCUUCCCGCGGAGUACUGUAACAGCGCAGACAUGUUCCAGGGGGUGCAAAUCAAAAGCGAGUACAAUGUGGAACUGCACAAUGGGCUAGGUGGGCCCUUGGAAUCUCCAAGUCAUCUCUGGGUUGACAGCGAAAUGGGAAAAAAGAUGGUGGCGAGCUUUCCGGGACAGCAGCAAUUAAAGUGUGAUCCCAACACACUGGAGCAGUUGUCACCCUGUGAGAAGCUGAAGGCUCUCCUGCCAGCUCCAUUCUGUGGAGCCAGCACAGCUAAGGGCAGUGGUGUGUGGAUGAUGGGCAGUGCUUGCAACCACAGUAGGCCUUCAAAGCAAGGAAUGGACAUGGUUCACUUCAAUUCACAGAGAGCCACCCAUUCCCAUUGCUCUCACAGUGAUCAACCCACAGGCUGUUUGCAAGCACAUGCCUUGCCCCGCCAUAUUAUCCAGGAUAAAGGCCCAGGUCAGGAGGAAUAUAAAGUACCACUGCAGUUCAAAGGUCAUGAUCUAGUCCACACAGUCAUCAAACGAGAGCCCUCACCCUCUCCUCCUUGGUCUUGUGAUAAUCUGCACAACAUACAGGAAGGCUUGCAGAAAAAUAUGCCCAGUUGUUUGAUCAAUUCAUUGACUCAUAAGAUUACACAAAAUGCAUAUUUGUAAUUUUUUUGAAAACAGAAGAAACCAUUGUGCAUUUUUUAAAAGUGCUUGGUUUAAAGAUUGUUGUCCUAAAGUCUGAUCUGUCACUCCAUUGUUUAUUUUUCAAAUUUAUCAGAGAAUUUUAUUAUAAAUUGCUUAAGACAAUAUUGCAUGUGGAAGUUUGAUCUUGGAGCACAUGGGAAACAUUGAAAUGUUCAGCUUUUUUAAAGUCAGUUUUCUUCAAGGAAGAUACUGUCAGAACAACAAGAACUUGCCUUAAAUUGAAAGAAAUCACAGAAACAUUAUCAAACAAAAUUUGACAUUGAACCACAUAUUAGAGUAGCAUGACCAAUGCUUUGAAAAGUGUCUUAAAGAAGAAGAGGGAGAGUGGGGCAGAAAAAAAUUAGGAAGGAAAUUCUGGAGCUUUGGACCUGGACCUCUGAAGAUACAGCCACCAGUGAAAAUAGAAUGGAAACCAGUCUGAUCAAGAAAUGCAUUAUGUUCAAGUGGUCCAGAGCAAGUGGGUUUUAUUCUCUUCCGUUGAGUUCCUGCUCUUGUCCUUAAGACAGGAGCUCAGUGCUCUACUGAUGAUAUCUUGCUCCAAAAUCUAUACUAAAUUAUUUAAGUCGGUCAUGCUGAACCAGUGUUAAAUUUUUACAAUCAUACCUGAUCUAGUUUAACCAUGAACAUAAAUAUCCAGCACAGGAUAACUAAAUUGCAGUCAGAAGAGAGUGGCCAGACUUCAUUCUAGUAUGACAGAACUGUAAUUCUCUCUGUACUGCUCCACAAAUCCAGCACAGAUCAGGAAUUGUACCUUGGACCUACUUGACUCAGUAUCAUACCUUGUGUUUGGGUUUGUCCUCUAUUUAACAUUUAGUUGGUAGCAUUGUUAUAAUGUCCAAGUGGCUCAGUGUGCACAAUGUGCAGAAAGCUUUCCAUUCUUUCAAAUGGAAUGAAAGAAAUUAGUUACCUUGCCUUGGGAUAAUUUUCUCCAUUAAAAGGUACUAAUCAAAUACAAGUUCUUGCUAUGAUCAUUGCAUAGAACAACAGAGUUUGCAGACAUGUAUUGGAUUUAUAUUAUCUUUGGGCUUAUGUGCAGUAUCACAAUGUCCAUCUGUAAUAAUCACAGUAUAGAGAUAGAGUAAUUUUAUUACUGGAGUAGUAAUUAAAGUGCAUGAGUUCAAAUGACCAGAUAUAGUGAUCAUAAAGUGGUCAAAUUGUCAUGGAAACUCAUCUGGUUCUCUAAUGAAUUUCAGAGGAAAAGACCUACUCUGAGAGUGACUUUGCAAACCAUUAGGUUAUUCACCACCUCUCAAAGCAUCCAGGAUGGCCCAUAAGUGGCACCCUUAUCAGUGGCAUCCAAAUACCACGUAUACCUGCAACAUAACUCUUUUUCUAUGUAACAAUUUCAGCAACAAUUUGCAUUUAAAUAGCACUUUAAAUUCCCCUGGCAAGACAAUGUAAGUUUUUCUUUGAAAGCACCAGUGGUCAGGAGAAAUAAAAUUUAUCAUGAGAAAAUAAUUCUAUCAAAUUAUUUGACACCAGCAUAAAAUAGAAGGACCAUAUUCUAUCAACUGAUUAGUAUCUUAAUACCA